GACUUGAUCACUGUGAUCAUCACCACAUCGCCUACACCAUCCAGUCCAUCGACAGAAUUAAUAUCGACUGUUCUGGAAUCUUUCCGCCGGCACUGCCCAGAUCUGGCCAAGACCCACGUCAUCGUGGUCUUUGACAAUUAUGAUCGGAUCGCCGCUAAGGAGCGCUUAAAAGCUGGGUCGGUGACACAGGAAAUAGCCGACAACUACAGUUCUUACAAGGAAAAUGUCAAGUCACUUAUUUUGAACGAGUAUAUCAAGAAUGACGAUCGAAGUGCACUGAAGAGCCUCGAAGGAAAGGCCGAGUUUGGCUCAGAGGGCAAAGAGAGCAACGCCGUCGAUCUAGCCAUCACCCAGACCGAGACAAAAAAUGUCACCUUUAUCGAGCCAGUCGCACGUUUGGGAUUUGGACUUGCCGUCAGAUCAGCGCUGAGGAUCGUGGACACGCCUUACGUCUGGGUUCAGCAGCAUGAUUGGACUUUGGUAGCUGAUCUGCCCCUCCAACCGAUGCUGGAGGUCAUGCGAGAGUCCGAAUCAGACGAGGAGAGAUCGAUUAAGUAUGUCUCCUUUACGUCGAUCCGGAUGCUGCAGUACGCGCAAUCAGAACAUGUCAUCGCUUUUCCGGCACUGCGAUCGUGCACGGCGUCGGCGCAGAAAGAGUUUACGCCACAGUCACAACCAGACGUCAAGAUUCCUCUGACGCCGCUUUUCUUCUGGUUCGACAAGCCUCAUAUCGCAUCUACAGCGCACUAUCUCGCCUCUGUCUUUCCUAGUCGUUUAUCUAUGCGACGAGGCGAUUUCAUCGAAGACAAAAUCGGCCAGCAAGCGAGAGACCAGAUGAAAGAGGGUCUCUGGCACAAAUGGGCCUGCUGGCUCUACUAUCCAGAGGACGGCAAGAAACUCUUUCUUAGGCAUCUUAAGGGCCGUACGUGGAAAGGUGGUGACGGGGAGUUGGCACAUAAA